AUGACCCACGCCACCGAGGUGGACCUGGGCCUGCUCAAGGCCCUUGUGGCCCUGCACUGCCCCGUGCUGCACCUGCACCCGCGCGACCCUUUCCUCCCCAGCAGCGCGGAGUACUUCCUGGAGCACAGCGCGCUGCUGGCGGGGCGGGUUGGGCACGAGGCGGACGCGGUGCCGCUGUCGCGCCACGGCGAGCUGGACGGCUGGGCGCUGCUGGAGCGCCAGCGCGGCCAGCCCCCCGAUGCCCCGCUCCUGCUGUCCCUGGACCCCGCAGCGCGUCCUGGCCCGGCUUCCAGCUGGCUCCCACGCGUCCCCUUCUACGUGGUGCCCAAAGUGGUGCAGACCUGUCCCGCAACGCGCGCGCCCGAGGUGCUGGAGCUGAGCUACGUCACGCUCUUCCCCUACAACGGCCCCUACCUGCUGGGCUGCGGCGCGCACGACGGCGACUGGGAGCACCUCACCGUGCGCUGCCGCUGCCCCUCCGGCCAGCUGCUGGGCGUCUGGUACAACGCCCACCGCAGCCGGGACGGGGAGUGGGUGCCGGCGCGGGAUGUGCCGCGCCGGCCCGGCGACGGCCGCAUCCUCGCCUACGUCGCCCUGCACGGCCACGGCACCUAUCCACGAGUGGGCACCAUCCCCCGCCUCUUCGGCCUGGGCAACGACCACACCUCCGACGCCGGCCUGGUUUGGGACCCGGAGCGCGUGGUCCUGCUGCCCUACAGCCGGGAUCCGGAGCCGUCGCGUCCCCUGGAGGGGCCCCACGCCCCGGAGCCCGCCACCUGGCGCCUCCAGGUCUGCCCCAGCCGGGGCAGCACGCUGCCGGAGCCGGCGCCGGCCACCCCACGCGGCGUGCCGGCGCGCGAGGCCUCGGCCCUCGUGACCACCGACCAGCCCUGUCCCUGGCUCUGGUUCCGGGGGGCCUGGGGGCAGACCGACGCGCCGGCGACGCAAUCCUGGUUCGGCAGCGCGGAGUGCCCCGUCUCGCGCACGCCGCUCAUGCGCCUCUUCUGCCAGGCGGCCCCGGAGACCGCCAGCAUUCACACCCUGAACAACCCUGGGCCGCUGGUGGGCAAUCCCGCCCCCGAGUUCGAGGCCACUGCCGUCUUUGACCAGGAGUUCACGGACAUCACGCUGAGCCAGUACAAGGGCAAGUACGUGGUCCUCUUCUUCUACCCCCUCGACUUCACCUUUGUCUGCCCCACCGAGAUCACCGCCUUCUCCGACCGCCACCAGGAGUUUGCCGACCUGAAUACCGAGAUCCUGGGUGUGUCUGUGGACUCCCAGUUCUCCCACCUGGCCUGGAUCCAGACGGAGCGCAAGGAGGGCGGCGUGGGCGACCUCAAGUACCCCCUGGUCUCCGACCUCAAGCGUGAGAUCUCCACCAAGUUUGGCGUGCUGUCCGCCGACGGCGUGGCCCUGCGCGGCCUCUUCAUCAUCGACCGGGAGGGCAUCAUCCAGCACUCCACCAUCAACAACCUGGCCUUUGGCCGGAAUGUGGACGAGGCACUGCGUGUGCUGCAGGCCCUGCAGUACGUCCAGGACAACCCCGACGAGGUCUGCCCCGCCGGCUGGAAGCCGGGCGAGAAGACCAUGAACCCCACCAAGAGCAAGGAGUACUUUGCGGCCAUCUGA